AUGUCACACACGGCCGACGAUUGUGAAAUCUUGUUUGACAGUGGCACAGAGUCUACAAACAUUGUCCCUCGCUACCUUUUCCGCGCUUUCUCAGACCAGUCUUCUGGCAGGAACUCGGGGAACGCUAUAGUUCCCCACGCAUUCUCGGUGCCAUUCUCGAGAAGGAAUCCAUUAGGCGCUAUUGACCACGCAAUGAUCCACUGUCCCGCCGCACAAGCAGCAAUUGAUGAGCUACCGUUGAAAGACAUGAAGACAAUGCUCGAAGCCCAUCUUUCGUGGGAUUAUGGGAUACCAUCAGAAUUCAGCUCUUGGUCGAGUUCAUUUCUAUUUGUGCUGCGACAUGGUAUACGGAAGAAGUAUAACUGCCGUGAAUCCAACAUCUGUUUUUGCGUCUUCGACACUAGGGGAAAAAGUCGUCAAAAAAUAUUUCCUGCAAUGAGUCUCUUGAGAAUGUACAAUAUUCGAGAUGAGGCAAAGAUGUCUCAUAACCUCUAUGAUCACGAGUAUCUCCAUUAUGGUUCACUUGUUAAUAUCGGAAAUUACAGCAUCGCUACUCUGGUUGACCUCGAAGAUCAAGAUCUGUACAAGGAGCUGCCAGAACUCGGAGCAGAAAGAGCCAGCUACGACCUCUCGCUCCGAGUGGAGCAACUGCGCCAAGACAUGUUCGGUACCUUACGCAUAACAACAAUCGAGGAAGUGCGGCUACUGCAUUACAUUGCAAAGUGUUUCGACAAAAAGGAGUUCCACAUACCGAUCAUAGUGGCAAUUCUUGCCCUUCGCCGGAGGAUUGGAGAGAAUGACGAAACACUUCAGCAGAUCCUACUUAUGAUACCUGAGAUCACCCUUCCAGAAUUUACAACCUCUGAUGUUGACGGGCUCAGACAGCUCCAGUCGGGUGCAGGCAGGUUGCUCGAAGUAGCAGAAUUUGCCAGACUGCUUUCUGACGUUUAUGGAGAGAGAACGAAAAGCGUACGGCCGCAGGUACAAACACAUCCAGCAGAUGGAUUGCGACCGCCUUAUCGGACGGCACUGAAACCUGACGGCAUCGCCGAAGCACAUUCUCAGUAUCUCAAGCAGAAUUCCGAGUGA